GUCGCGUCGCGCAGUUGCCGCGAACAUCGACAUUAUUCAAAAAGUUUAUUUUAUCAAUUACGCAGAUGAAGCUGAUCCGACGUACAUUAAGAAAAAUCGUGAGAGAAAACGCAACAAUAAAACAUACAGAACAAUAAUAAUAACUCUCGAAUGUAAACAGUGAGGUAUAAUUGACAUUGUCAUUAGUGAGUCCAGACGAAGGAAUUCUAAUUAGAAAGGAUCUCUGGUGCUACAGUGACCUAAGAAACAUUAAAACGAGACAUAGUUACUGAAAGUGAUUGUGUAAGCUGUGUUGAAAGAAUCAUCAGCAAUGAUUAUACAACACCCAGAAAACGUAUCAUCAAGUCGAAACUGCGACUGGUAAUAUGUCGCAACUAUCGCUUCACGGAACAAAGAAGGUUAUGCGCAAAUGUAAACCACCAGAUCGAAACAAAAAUCUUCUCAAUCGCUUAAACUCAAACAAAACCAAAGCAUCGCAACAUACAAUUAUAUAAUUAGAAGAUAAGAACAAAACGAUAACAACGACCAAAAUAACAAGCUAAGCUAUAAUACAAAAUGGGUAUUACCGUACUUUUAGCGUCGACAGCACUAAAGACUGUAAGCGUAACGGGUUUAUGGCUUAUACCACUUUUAUUGGGAGCAUUCACCUAUCAUAACUAUAAUUCUUACGACCCCGAAGCUAAAGUUCUGGACAAGGAACCGAAGAUGGAAUAUGAUUUCAUAGUUGUGGGAGGAGGCUCUGCGGGCGCAGUCGUGGCGAACCGAUUAACAGAAGUCAAGGACUGGAAUUUGUUACUACUUGAAAGUGGACCAGAUGAAAACGAGAUCACCGACGUCCCUUCGUUAGCGGGCUACUUACAACUAACGAAGUUGGACUGGCAAUACAAGACCGAACCUACCUCUUACGCCUGCUUAGGUUUUAAGAAACAUAGGUGCAGUUGGCCGCGAGGGAAGGUGCUCGGUGGAUCCAGCGUCCUCAACUAUAUGAUUUAUGUAAGAGGAAACCGUUAUGACUUCGAUCAGUGGGAAUCUUUUGGAAAUCCAGGCUGGGCGUACCGAGACGUACUUAAGUACUUUAUAAAAUCUGAAGAUAAUAGAAAUCCUUAUUUAGCUAACACUAAGUAUCACGGCCGAGGUGGCUAUUUAACUGUUCAAGAAGCUCCAUGGAGGACUCCUUUAGUUGCUGCUUUUGUAGAAUCUGGCGUGGAAAUUGGGUAUGAAAACAGAGAUAUUAAUGGAGAAUAUCAAACUGGUUUCAUGAUAGCACAAGGCACAAUAAGAAGAGGUUCAAGAUGCAGCACAGCCAAAGCCUUUUUAAGACCUGUGAGGACACGUAGGAAUCUCGACAUAUCUCUUAACACACAAGCCACAAGAGUUUUAAUUAAUCCUAUAACAAUGAAAGCCUACGGUGUAGAAUAUGUAAAACAUGGCGUCAAAAGGGUAGUGUAUGCCCGAAAAGAAGUUAUAUUAUCUGCCGGGGCGAUCAACAGUCCGCAACUUUUAAUGUUAUCUGGUGUUGGACCAAGGGAUCACUUAAAGAAUGUCGGAAUAAGAGUCUUGAAAGAUUUGCCUGUAGGAGAAAAUUUGCAAGAUCACGUGGGGGUAGGAGGCUUAACGUUUCUAGUCGACAAACCAGUGGCGAUUGUUCAAAAUCGUUUUCAAGCAUUUCCUGUCACGAUGAAUUAUGUUGUCAACGAAAGAGGACCGAUGACAACAUUAGGCGGGUUGGAAGGAAUAGCCUUCGUUAAUACUAAAUACGCAAAUACCUCCGGCUUAUGGCCUGAUAUACAAUUUCACAUGGCACCCGCAUCAUUUUCUUCCGACAACGGUCAAAUUGUAAGAAAAAUUUUAGGUCUCACUGAUGAAGUAUAUGACACGGUAUACAAACCGAUAGCUAACAAAGAUGCUUGGACUAUUAUGCCUCUUUUAUUACGUCCAAAUACUCGAGGAUAUGUAAGGUUGAAGAGUUCCAAUCCAUUUGACUACCCAGUAAUGAAUCCGCGAUAUCAUGAAGACCGUUUAGAUGUUAACCGACUAGUCGAAGGAAUUAAAAUCGCCCUUCAAGUGGCAAAUGCGUCUCCAUUUAAGCAGUUCGGAUCGAGACUAUAUAUGAAACCAUUACCGAACUGUAAACAUCUAAAAUUUAUGUCGGAUGAAUACAUUGAAUGCCAAGUUAGGACAAUUAGUAUGACAAUAUACCAUCAGUGUGGAACGACAAAAAUGGGACCCUCGUGGGACCGAGGCGCUGUAGUUGAUCCUAGACUACGUGUGCAUGGCAUUGAAGGACUGAGAGUUAUAGAUGCCAGUAUAAUGCCAACUAUAGUUAGUGGGAACACCAAUGCGGCUGUUAUAAUGAUCGGAGAGAAAGGUUCUGACAUGAUAAAAGAAGAUUGGUCUAAACGGAAAAGAUGACGAAAGUAAUAAUUACUAGGAACUUGUAAAUAUAUUGUACAAUAAUAAUAUAAUAGUAUAUGAUUAGUUACCAGAAUUUAAACCAAAAUCAUUUAGAAAUAAGAAUAUCGAUGUAGUACUAUCAUAAAAACGUAAAUUUAGUUUGUCAUUUAUAGGUUUCCAAGAUAAACAUAUCGUUAUAAAUCUUUUAAUUAUAACUUGGAUUAUUGAAUUAAGUGCCAUACCUGUGUCUAUGUUUUCGUUAUAGUCAUUACUUAAAGCAUAUUUUGUUAUAAAGUUACUAAAAGCUGUCUUGAUAGUCCUAUAGAAAAUAAAAAAAUUAUAUUUAUAAAAUUGUUCUUAUAUAACACAAGACUGCAAGUUUACAAAAAAUCAAGGCAUUCACUCUCAAUUUCGUCCAAAAUUUUCACAUCACAUUCAAUCAUGGAAUCAUUAUUAGAUAUUCUUUCGUCUCAAAUAAUGCCAAAGUUCAUUUUACUCAUCUCAUUCCCACGCCAAAUUUUAAUAAUGAAAAUCCGCUUAUAGCAAAUUGAACGUAAAUACCGAUUUUAUUAAAAAGACUAUGUUAAAACACCACAAUCUUAUUUACAAAUUGCCUGCAAAUUUUCUUACAUAUUAUCGAUACAUUAUAUUUAAAAUAAAAACAUUAUGAUAUAUUUUUGGUCAGGAUCAAGAUACAGAUUUUUUGUAAUAGGAAUAAGCUUACGAGUUAGUCAGACACUGCGACGAAGUCACGGGCUGCAGUGGGGAGGAAUGAAAAUUACAUAACUAUAUUAUCGUCAAUAAUAUUUGGCAUAUUUGUUUGUUAUCUUAAGAUAGACUUUGUGUACAUGACGCGACAGCCGCGCCAGCACAGGAACUUAAAUUUAUGUAUCUUAAUAAAAACUACUUCACAAGUAACAUUAUUGAAUUAAUUUUAAGAGUUCGUACCAUAACGUAACUCUUUAAAAAUAACAAUAACUUAACACUUGUAGCAUAAAACGGAAUGUAUCCAAUCGCCUUAAAAUUAAAACUUCGUUCUUGCCAUUGUUUCUAGAUUAAGUAACUCCUUGACAAUAAUGACAUUAUUAAUUAUAUCUAUUAGAAAAGGCGAGGACUGUCACUAUUAGCUUAUAUAAUAUAGCUUAUAAUAUAUGGCCUCUUGCUUAAUGGACCUUUGCAGUUAACAAGCGACAAAGUGCGGAUCCGGUGCGACUGCGACAUCAUGUACAAGAAGUCUCACCCUUAUUUAUAUGUAUAUUUGUAUGACAUGAUUAAAUAUUAAACAAUAUUGUAUUAUUCAAUAAUAUUGAAUGUGACAAGUAUACAAUAUGAACUGAUUAUUAUCACAUGAG